AUGUCCGAAUCACCUCCUAAAUACUACGAUCUGCCGGAGAUAUUGCCAGGCUACCGCUGUUCCUGGGACUACUUCAACUCCUUGCAUUUGGACUCAGGCUUGAAAGAUCAACUCGGGACUCUUAACUUUUUGACAAAUGACCGAAAGGCCCAGGCUGCAAGAGAAACAAUUUUGAAGGGCCAAUCAAUUUCUCUUGACCUACCCAUCGGCUUCUUUACUCCUGUGAUUUCGGCAUUUGGCGGGCGAUCUCCUCCAGUGCAUACUAUAAAUCAAAGAGAUGCAUCCUCAAUGGAUGAUUCGCUGAGCUUCAACACUCAAUCCACCAGUCAGUGGGAUGGGCUUCGACAUUUCGCGUUUCGACAGAGUUGUCAGUAUUACAACGGAUAUACCUCAGAGGAUUUCGAAUCAAGCAAUCUUCUAGGGACUCAAGCAUGGAUUGAGAACGGAGGGAUUGCGGGUCGUGGUAUACUAGUUGACUUUUGUGCCUGGGCUGAAAGUCAGGGCGAAAAUGUCGAUGUUCAUUCCGGCCGGGCUAUCACUUUGGCUGAAGUAACUGAAACCUUGAAAUUCCAGAAAACAACGAUUCGACCAGGUGACAUCCUGGUGUUCCGUACUGGAUGGUUGAAGUGGUACAAUGAAACAGAGGCGACUGCUAGGCACCACGAGCUUUGUGUUAAAAAGGUAAACCAGUUCAUUGGUCUCUCACAGCAGCCUGAUUUUGUUGAGUGGCUGUGGAACAACCAGAUUGCUGCCGUUGCAGGGGACCAGCUUGCUUUUGAGUCCACACCACCCCCGGAAGGCGGGUUCGGCUGGCUUCAUGAACAUUUGCUGGCAGGACUUGGAUGUCCGAUUGGAGAGUUGUUUGAUACGGAGAAAAUCGCGAGGUCCUGUGCAGUCGAGAAGAGAUAUGAAUUCUUUUUGUCCUCGGCACCACUGCAUCUUGAGGGUGGGGUCGCGAGCCCGGCGAACACCACUGCCUUCAUAUAA